GACCCGGGGUUUGAGUCGGCCAACCAAUUGGGCCCGCACGGCGUGUGGGUGGAGCCAGCAGCUUCCCCCUCCCCCACUGGACGCCGCGUCUAUAAGGGCGGCGGCCAGGGUGCCGGGCGGGCCGCGGCAGCGCUGUUUGACGGCUGCAGCGCAACGAGCGGGAGGGCGGGGCCAGCGGCCGAGAAGCAGCAACCGCAGCGCACAGAUUCCCACAAAAUGGCGGAGGGAGACAACAGGAGCGCGAACCAGCUGGCUGCAGAGACUGCAAGUUUGGAAGAACAUUUGCAAGGAUGGGGAGAAGUAAUUCUGGUAGCUGACAAAAUCCUUCGCUGGGAGAGAGCUUGGUUUCCACUUGUAUUGACGGGUGGUGUUUCCUUUGCUUUUCUGAUGAUCUACUACCUGGACCCUUCUGUUCUUUCAGGUGUCUCUUGUUUUGUCAUGUUCCUGUGUCUGGCUGACUAUCUUGUUCCUGCUCUUGCUCCUAGAAUUUUUGGCUCUAAUAAAUGGACCACAGAACAACAGCAAAGAUUUCAUGAAAUUUGCAGCAACCUGGUAAAAACUCGUCGCAGAAUUAUUGGCUGGUGGAAACGUCUCUUCACGUUGAAGGAAGAAAAGCCUAAAAUGUACUUCAUGACCAUGCUCUGUUCUCUUACUGGAAUUGCUUGGGUAGGACAGCAAGUUCAUAAUCUCUUCCUCACCUACCUUAUAGUGAGUUUUUUGUUGCUGUUUCCUGGAUUAAACCAACAUGGAAUCAUUUCGAAGUAUGUUGGCAUGGCAAAAAGGGAGAUUAACAAACUUCUCAAGCAAAAGGAGAAGAAAAAUGAAUGAAGCAUCACUUGCUAAUUAAGCUACAGCAUAAGAUGUCCCUGGGAACAGUUUCUAGAAUUCAUGUAUACUUAAUAUUAUAGAAGCAGUUACUUUGCUCAUUGGCUCUAAUUUAAAUUGGGUCCCUAUUCAGCAGAAAUGCCAUUCUCUGAACAGUUGAGUGUCUCAUGUUUGCUCUGGUAGGCACAUAGUUUUGUAGGCUGCUGGCGAUUAUAUAUCAGAAAUACCUAUUUUAUGCAAUGGGGAGCCCUGCUGAACUUAUUUAACAUCCACACCAUGCGGGAAGUCUUGGGUACUAAAGCACAAGAAUUGGCACUUUUGUAAUGUAUGAAUAGUAUCCUCAUAAUGAAGUUAGUAGUGUUGCCCCACCAUCAAUAGGCUACUGAUUUGUGGGCGCAGAAAGUAGUGAAGUAUGUGAUUUAAGAACUAUUUAAUUGGUGUGGAGAUUUUUACUACUGAUUCUAGUGGGAAGAGACCAAUUAACAGUCUUCAUUCCCAUGCAGUUCUUUCUGUGGGCACUUGUGCAGAAUUAUGGCUAAAAAUGAAUCUAUGGCCUAGCUAAAAUAGUAUUUAUUUGUUUCUGUUGGCUAGCUUAGUCAGUUGAAUAAACCAUGGAUUAUUUCUGCCAAAUAGGGUUCCUGAACACUUAAAUUGUGAAUUUAGUCACUAGCUGUAGUGUAACUGUCAACUCGUUGCACUGAAACUAUGUUGAAAGUGAGCUAGGGCAUAUGUACCCUAACAGUCAAUUAUUUGGAAAACUGCUGUAGUCAUGGAACCAUGUAACAAGUCUGUUUUUUAUGUAUGUUGUACUGUCCAUAGAUGUAUGAGAUAAGUCUCUUGUAAAUAAUACUGUCUUCUGAGUUAUGACUUCAGUUUUUAAAACUGUACUUCUGUUUCCUCAAGUAAAAGCUGAAAGAUGGUAACCUAUCAAGACAUCUUAAAGGUUAAACAUUGUUUUAAAAUGAUCUUUCUUCAAUGUUUGUCUGAGCUGUAAAACAGGUAAAUGUUACCUUUUAAUUUAAAAUAUAGACUUGAGAAAA